CUUUUGACUUUGCAUCCAUUCAUAAUGUUUUUUUACAAAAUAUUAUUAUACGAUGAGGUGCAAAAUAAAAGUUCUUUAAAAUAGAUACAUGCAAAGUCCAAUAUCACCUAAACAUAUGGCGCAAAGUUAAAAUAACCCUUGUUCAUUUAAUGAUAUGACUAUAUCUUAAACUUGUUUACUUAUUGCUACAAAACAGAGAAUGACAUCCAAUGAUGGAGUGCGUUUUGGAAUUAGAUUGAUGGAGUCAAACGUUGACCUCUUUGCAGAGGAAGGUGAGAGACAAGGAGGAGGAGGCGGCGGUGUCACCGAGCAUGAGCACCCUCUCGUAGUAGUCGACGCAGAACAAGGACAGGGAGAGGUCCCCUACCUCGUUGCGGCGGCGGGUCCAGGCCGCCGGGCGCUUGCUGAGUCGGGUCAACACCGGCCUGACGCACAUCAUGUACAGCCGGCGGUAGCCGCCGAGCGCCGUGACCACCGCCCGGACGCCGUCUGGCUGCGGGGAGGGGCGGCGGAAGCCGCACAUGUGUUCCCAUAGCGAGUCGUUGCGGGAGAUGGCGCACCACAGCCUGCAGACGCAGGCGGCGACGCCCAUGGAGCGGCCGUCCACCCUUUUCAGAAUCUCUAUUAGCACGUCCAUAUUCUCAUUUAUCAUACAAACCUUCUUCCAAUUCAUUCUCUUCUCCCUGCCAUAAUCUUCUGCCAUCAACACUAGCUUAGCUAGCUAUUACUGAUUCCUUCCACACCUAUUAUAUAUGGGAUGGGAUAUUAAUUUCUCGAUCUCUAAUUUCUGCCCUUAGAAUUUAUAUGUGUGAGUUGAAGGUUUUGAUCUGAACUAAUUAAACGGGGAGAAGAUAUUACUCCGUAUUAUAUUGCUAAUAAUAGGUAUACUUAGAUCGAAAGAUAUUGCAA